AUGGAUCGUGUGGUUGGUGGCAAGUUUAAGCUUGGUAGAAAACUUGGAAGUGGAUCCUUUGGUGAAAUCUUUCUAGGUGUGAAUGUACAAUCUGGAGAUGAAGUUGCUGUUAAGCUCGAACCUCUUAGAAGUAGGCAUCCUCAGCUUCAUUACGAGUCAAAGAUUUAUAUGUUUCUUCAAGGAGGAUCUGGUAUUCCACACCUUAAAUGGUUUGGGGUUGAGGGUGAAUACAACUGUAUGGUGAUCGACCUUCUUGGUCCUAGUCUUGAGGAGUUUUUCAACUAUUGCAGUCGUUCUUUCUCUUUAAAGACAGUCCUAAUGCUCGCAGAUCAGAUGAUAAACAGAGUGGAGUUUAUGCAUGUGCGAGGCUUUCUUCAUCGUGAUAUUAAGCCAGAUAACUUUUUGAUGGGUGUUGGCCGCAGAGCAAACCAAGUUUACAUCAUUGAUUAUGGGCUAGCGAAAAAGUAUAGAGAUCUUCAAACACACAAACAUAUUCCGUACAGAGAAAACAAGAAUCUUACAGGAACAGCUCGAUAUGCAAGUGUUAACACUCAUCUUGGAAUUGAGCAAAGCAGGAGAGAUGAUUUGGAGUCUCUUGGCUAUAUGCUUAUGUAUUUUCUUCGAGGAAGCCUUCCAUGGCAAGGCCUUCGUGCAGGAACCAAAAAGGAAAAGUAUGACAGGAUCAGUGAAAAGAAAAGACUUACACCAGUCGAGGUAUUGCUGCUUCCCUUUCCCCAAUUGAAAAUGUUGAAUUCAAAUUUCUCAAGUGUAUCCUCUUUUUGGCAGGUUCUCUGUAAAAACUAUCCACCUGAGUUCACUUCGUAUUUCCUCUAUGUUCGUUCGUUACGGUUUGAAGACAAACCAGAUUAUUCAUACUUAAAGAGGCUUUUCAGAGACCUAUUCAUCCGUGAAGGUUAUCAGUUUGACUAUGUAUUCGAUUGGACUAUCUUAAAGUAUCCGCAGUUCGGUUCCAGCUCCAGCUCCAGUUCUAGUUCCAAGCCAAGACCGAGCCUAAGACCAGCUCUGAAUAUUCCAGCACCAUCUGCUGAGAAACUCGAAAAGCCUUCAACUGGGAAAGAAACUCGUGAUAGAUACUUAGGUGUUUUCGAGGCAUACACUAGAAGAAAUGGCUCAGGAACCGGGCUUCAAGCUGAUCGGUCUAGUAGACCAAGAACCUCAGAGAAUGUUCUUGCAUCUAGAGACACGUUAAACCAGGAGAGACCAGUGACUUCAUCUAGGAACCAGAGUUCUUCUUCAAGAAAAGCAGUUGCUGGGUCAAGUGUUCGAGCUACUUCUUCAGCUGAUUUUGCAGAGAACCGAACCAGUAGCAGACUCGUCCCAAGCAACGGUCGUUCCUCCACAACUCAGAGGGCUCAGUUUGCGUCCUCCUCAAAGGCUGCACCAUCGAGAAUUCCUCCUGACGUUACACUCGAGUUCCUCACUAUUGGCAACGGGAAGAGGAAGUAA